AGGCGCAAUAGCUGCAUAUUGUCACCUCCCCCAACCCCAAAACCCAGACCAUGGUGUGCGAGAAGAAGCUAAUCGACGAGGUCGCCUGCUGGCUCAAGGUGUUCGACGAUGGCUCCGUCGACCGUACAUGGAACGGACGCCCUGAGGCUGAGUUCAUAGCCAAGCCAGUCCACCCUCAUGAACAUUUCAUUGAUGGGGUUGCAGUCCUCGACGUGAAAAUCAGCACAGAAACUAACCUUUCUCUCCGGAUCUACAAACCAGAGAGAAAUUUGGACGACGAGAAGAAGAUCCCAGUCAUCCUUCAUUUCCAUGGGGGUGGCUUUUGUAUCAGUGAGCCAGAAUGGUACUUCUACUACCAAUUUUACACCCGGAUCGUGCGCACUGCAAGAUCCAUCUGUGUCUCUGUGAAGAUGAGACGCGCCCCGGAGCACAGGCUCCCGGCAGCCAUUGAUGAUUGUUUCUCCGCCCUCCUGUGGCUUAGAGAUGUGGCUCGUGGUAAGGUGUCGUCUGAUCAGCCUUGGCUCGAAGUGGAAGCAGAUUUCAAGAGAGUCUUUCUGAUGGGAGACAGCUCCGGGGGGAACCUCGUGCACGAGGUGGCUGCUCGGACGGGCACCGAGGAGCUCGAUCCAAUGAGACUAGCUGGCGGAAUACCCAUACACCCAGGUUUCGUCCGAGCGGAGCGUAGCAGGUCGGAGCUGGAAAACAAGUCUGACUCUGCAUUCUUGACGCUGGAAAUGGUGGAUAAACUCUUGGCUUAUGCAUUACCUCUUGGUAGCACCAAGGAUCACCCAAUUACAUGUCCGAUGGGGCCUGAAGCUCCGCCCCUUGCAGGGCUGAAUCUGCCGCCGUUCCUCCUGGUGGUGGCUGAGAACGACUUAAUUAGGGACACCCAGCUCGAGUACUACCAAGCGAUGAAGAAGGCCGGCAAGGAUAUAGAGCUGAUGAUGAAUCCAGGGAUGGCCCAUUGCUUCUACCUAAACAAGAUUGCCACCGACAUGGACCCAAGGACGGCUCUGCAGACAGAUCGUCUUCUCCAAACGAUUACCGACUUCAUCAAGAGACACUAAAAGUUAAUUUCUGAUCUACAAAGCAACUUGCCUUGGAUCCACGUAGGAACAUCUUUUGUUCGAAUUAAUGUCUAAUUAUGUAAGUGGAGGUGGAGCUUUUGUUGGAAGAGGAAUAGAGUACUGAUAUGGAUAAUGCUGUUCUGUUGAGAGAGAGAAAGAGAGAGAGAGAGAGAGAGGUCCGCUGUAACUGCGUUGAGAGUAUAAAUGACUAAUAGUGAUUUCUUAUUUACAA